AUGUCUCUUUUCCAGGCCGCCUUUGACUAUGCCGCACCUGUCUUCCUUAUAAGCUCUCCGGUCACAUCCUAUGCCGACCAAAUCUUCAGCAUUCAUCGCUCAAGAAGCUCGGCGGGCUUCUCCUUAGACAUUCCUUUGAUUAUGCUGAUCUCGUCGAUUCUGAAGAUUUUCUUUUGGUUCGGCGAGUACUACUCAAGGACUUUGUUAACGCAAGCAAUUGUCAUGAUCGUGGUGCAGAUCACGAUGCUCAAGGUUGCACUCGAUAAUCGGCCCUCUGCCGGGGUGAGAAAUGGAAUUGAGCACACACCCUUCAGCGGCGGUAACUCCGAUGGUUCAUCCUCAAGACCUUAUGAGUUCUGGCAGUGGAAGGCUACCAAGCCAUAUUGGAUGUGUCUAGCCUACUUCGUCGGAAUGUUGACCAUCAUCCACCUUACCCCGGUCGCUCAAUCGCGAUUCUAUAUCAGCCUCCUUGGCUACAUCGGACUCGCCGUCGAAGCUAUCCUCCCUAUCCCUCAAAUCCUCGCCAACCACCAAUCCGGCUCGUGCAAGGGCUUCCGAUUCUCCGUUAUUGCGGCAUGGAUUCUCGGUGACACUAUGAAAAUGAGUUACUUCUUCAACAGCACAGAGACCAUCCCCUGGGCGUUCAAGCUCUGUGGUAUCUUCCAGUGUGUGUGCGACUUCUACCUGGGCUUCCAGUUCUACUUCUUCACUCGCAACACCCCAUCUAAAACACCAUCCCACUCGCUCUCCAACUCGCUCUCUAACUCGUUUGCUAUCCCACACUCACACUCCAACUCACUCUCGCACAAUUUCCCUGUCUCCGAUUCUCACUCCCGCUCCAACUCCCAGGCUGCAAGCGAGUCUAUGGAGAAUGACCGCUGGGGUCAUCACGAGAAGGACAUCCGCAUGGACUGA